UAUAUUUUAUUUAACAAUAUGGCAAAGAAGAAACAAGAACUAUUUAUUGAUAUAAAUACACAAAGAGAUUUUAAUUACAUCCUAGACCACAACAAGGACCAAUUAAUUUGUAUAGAGGUGUAUUGUUCAUUCGCUGGACCUUGUACGGCCCUCGACCGACUCUUCAUAACCAUGAAGUACGACUGGAGUGAUGGUCAAUUAAUUCUGCUAAGAGUUUUAGCAGACGAAGUGGAAGCUUUGAGCCGAUUUAGAGAUCAGAGUCAACCAGUUUACUUGUUCAUUUUGAAUAAGAAAAUAAUAGCUUCUUUUCGUGGAGUAGACAACAUAAAGUUUGCUGAAGUCGCAAGGAAAGAAAUUCAACUUUAUAAACAGGGCAAUGUGAUCGAAGGUCGAGGCUACAACAUUGAUGAGGCGUCGCCUGAAGAUAUUGAAUGUCAAGAAAAGCAAAAUAUCGAGAAGGAGGAAGAGGAAAAGACGAUAGCGUCACAGAUAGCAGCACGACAGGCCGAACGCAAACGACACCGAGCCGAGCUGAUGGUUCCACACCUGCGCCAUCUGAACUUUGUCCUUUUCUGGCCUCACUGUAUACACGCGCACCAUGAGCUCUAUGAGCGAUGGGAUUUGAAUAAUAUAAUAAUGGUUGGUCGAGAAGAGAUUCAGCUCACAGAAGAACUAGCUCUGGAUAUCCUGUAUGAUGGAGACGCUCCGAUCAAUGAAGCCUCAAUACACAUGUUACUGUCGGCACCUGCUUUGGCAAUCUGCUUCCGUUUGCUGGAUGUUGAUAAGCACUUUGUUUCAUUGGCACGAAAAAUAUUAUACGAAGAGAUUCCGCCAAUUGACCCAGCAAAGAAGCCGGAUGAACAGCCACCACAGAAAACUGCAUUUGAUAUGUAUAAGAUGUAUAGUCCAACCCGGGAGGCAAUCUUUCAGAGACGACGUGAACAACUUCAAAAAAUGAAGGAAGAAUCAUUAUACAAACGCGCUAGAAGACUAUCAGAAGUACAACGUUUGGCAAGACAGGCAAUAGAAGAAGCAAAGGUAGAAAGACAAAUGCGGAAAGAACAACGAAAGCUGGAAAUAUUGAAAAUUGGGGUGACGUCCAUUCUUCUUAAUACUAAUGGAUUUUUAUGUAAAGCAUAUGUAUCGGUGUAUCACAAGGGUCAUCAGAUGGUCAGUAAGUAG